CCACCUUGUCUACACUUUGCGGCUCUCGCAUAUUAGUACCCUUUGACACUCGUUUUGUUGCGCUCCGAAUGCUUCCUUUCAACCUCAGCUUGCCUGCAGCCUCUCGUUUCCUGUCCUACACACCGCCAUUCGCAACACGAGUCCCCCUGCCUGAUUCACCCGCCCAUUGACCUGUGCGAUUUAUGCCUGCAGGAUCACCUGCCUUCUCACUCUCGCACUUUCUCAACGAAGAACCAGCUGGGAUUAGAGCACGCGGACGCAUGGUUAGGCUCGAGCCAACACCCAGACUUGUCCAGAGCUUGCGUUCAUAGUGUCGGACGCGCAAGAUUUGACCACAUACAAGAAUAUCCAAUGCGUUACCGUCGAUAAAGUUUUUGUCCAGAGGAGUGUUGGUAACGGCUGAUGAAGCGCAUGGCCGUACAACGACAAUGGCUCAACUGCAUUUUUGUUGGCCUACUGAUGCUUGUCUCUGCAUCUCUAUCGCAGUAUCCCUUGCCGAUUGCCAAUGAGUCUUUGAGAGUAAUAUCUUCUCCGCUCAAUUCAGACAUCACGAUCAGUUUCAAAAACCCCUCGGUUGGGACAUGCACAACAGUUUUUGCGACUCAGAAGCAGUUUACCGGUUACGUGACUUUGCCACCGAACGUGCUGGAUCCUAGCCAGGGGAAUUAUACGAUCAAUACUUUUUUCUGGUUCGUAGAAGCAAGACAGCUACCGGAGACGGCUCCUUUGACCAUCUACAUCAAUGGCGGUCCGGGUUCAAGCAGCAUGGUGGGCCUUUUUCAGGAAGUAGGUCCUUGUCAAGUCAUCGAGAUUGCAGAAGGAGAAUUGGGAACUAUUGCUCGCGACUGGGGCUGGGAUCGUGGUAGCAAUAUUCUCUUCAUUGACCAGCCUGUCCAAGUUGGGUUUUCCUAUGACACCUUAACGAAUGUGUCUCUCAACUUACUCAACGAGCUGAUUGUCAACCCAUCCACAUCCGUACCUGUCACCCAGCCUGACUACACCUUUCUCAAUGGCACAUUUGGAUCUGGAGUUCCCUCAUUUACUGCAAAUACAUCACAGAUCGCUGCUCAAUCACUUUGGCACUUUCUCCAAACAUUUUUGACCUCAUUCCCUGGGUACAACACAGCACUUCGCUCUGACAACAACCGGUCAUCGGCAGAGAUACAUCUGUUCACGGAGUCGUUCGGGGGCAGGUAUGGGCCUGCCAUCGGAGAUUUUCUCCAGUCUCAAAAUGCCCGCCGAGCGACCGAUGUCGACUUUGCGAACGGCACCAUCGACAUCAGCCUUGUCUCGCUUGGUAUCAUCAACGGCUGGAUCGACUUACUUGUCCAGACUCCUUUCCAUCCGAAAUUCGCUUAUGAAAACAGUUAUGGCAUAGAAGCGAUUACCCAACUUGAAGAGCUUAACGCUUUGAGCGCUUACGGCAAUGCUGAUGGGUGCCAGCAGCGGACAGCAAAUUGCAGAGCACAGGAGGCUGCCCUCGACCCGCUCAGCUAUGGCAAUGUUGACGUUGUCAACGACGCAUGUUCAGAAGCGCAAUUGUAUUGUCAAACAUACGUGGUCGGCGCUUACACCAUGUCGAAUCGCUCCAUUUAUGACAUUACCCAAGACCGCCUCAUGCCAUUUCCUGAUUCCUACUACCUCGAGUAUCUGAAUCAGCUCUCCGUGCAACAAGCCAUUGGUGUCCCAGUCAAUUACACGCAAGAUUCGAUGGCGGUAUUUACCGCAUUCAACGCGACGGGCGACUAUGCGCGCAACGGCAUGAUCCAGGACCUUGUCAAUCUUCUCCACUCCGGUGUCAGGGUUGCACUUAUCUAUGGCGACAGUGACUACAUCUGCAAUUGGUUGGGGGGUGAGGCUGCCUCCUUCGCUAUUGCAGGCGCCGCCGGACCAGCCUACCAGCCCUGGUAUGCAGCUGGCUAUGCUCCUAUCGUAGCGAACAGCUCCUAUGUUGGCGGUGUAGUUCGACAAUAUGGGAACCUGAGUUUCAGUCGGAUCUACGAUGCCGGUCAUUUGGUCCCUGCAUAUCAGCCAGAGACAGCUUUCACAGUGUUCUCGAGGAUUAUUAACGGUGACGAUAUCAGCAUGGGCAAUCCGGCUGACCUGUCCACAUAUGGUUCUGUGGGAGACAGCAAUGCCACUUUCCAGAAUGCUGCCUCGCCUAUGGCCAGUCCAACGUGCUUCAGGCGCGCCGUAAACGAGACGUGUAACACAGACCAGAAGAAUAUGCUGGCAAACGAUGCAGGAGUACUCAUUAAUGGUGUUCUCUAUGAGCAGGAGUCGGAUUGGCAGUCGCCCGACCCGAGUCUGCUGACCAUUGCGGGAGUCCCUGGCACAGCGCCGACGAGUAUGAUCACAAGCGCGCCAACCCCGGUUUCCGCUACACACGUGGCGUCAUCAGGACCUUCGAGGACUCUUACUAAUGUCGGGACGAAGACAACGACAACAGGAAACAAAGACACUACUUCCCUUCCCACAGGAGUGUACACUGCGACGGGUGUUCCGCCCACCUCGAGUGCAGAGAGAAGUGGCGCCAGCGCGACAAGUGCGGCAUCGACGCACACGAAAAGUAAUGUAUUCGGUUCAUUUUCAUUUUUCAGAGAUACCCAGUCUGGCACAGCGGCGUUGGUCUAUGUUUCUGUGGUUGGUUUAUUGAGUCAUGGCUUUUUAACAUAAUAUAACUCCCUCAAUUGGAUGGUUCGUCGCUCGAUCGUCGGCCAGAGAGACCUCUCCAAAAGGAUGGAUUGUGCAUGUAUUACAGCAAAAGGAGGGCAGAUACGAUUUGACGUGUCUGUUAUAAUCAUAACGUAGCUGAAUGAUGCAUGGGUAAUGGA